GAAAUUUAUUUAUUUUUUUAAAAUCUUACCGCAACUUAUAAAAAGAAAAGUUUCACUGACAUUUUUUAAUAAUUUUGAUGAAUGCUAAGCUUAUUAAUUAACAUAAUAUUUAAUUUUAUAUUCUUCGGCACUAAUCUUCUAAGAUUUCGACAGAAUGAGUGACAACAGCAUGAAAUUAAAACUGGAUUUCAAAUGAUUCCGACGAAAAAAAUCUAAAUUAAUUGACACCACCUCGUAUCAUCGAUAUCGAAACGUAAUAACGUAGUCAUUCAAGUAGAGAACGCAAAUACUUUCCUUUUCGUCAGUUUUACUGCAAUUGAAGGGAAAAAUUAUACGUUAUUAAUGUAGGAAACAAGCGUCCAAAUAAAAUUCGAAAAUUCGACGGCGGACAAUGCACGCGUGUAUUAAUUCGGUCCAUUCUAAUUUGGUUUUAAUAUUUCUGUUACUAAAUACCGGCAAAGGUAGAAUUAGGAAAAAUGACAAUAUUUAAAGAUUUCUAACGACGUUGCCCCAUCAUCCUUUUUGUAAUUUCAUUUGUUUCUUUUUGUUAGUUUGAUGGAUAACUUGGCAGGAGCAGUGCGUAGAUGCAGUAGACAUUUUGAUUAGUGAUUUGUGUUAUGUGCAGUAGAAGCGAUGUAUUUACGGUGUAUCUUUUGGGUUAGCGCUGUGUUUGCCUUGCCAUCUCUUUGGAUAGAUAAAGUUGCGGAUAACAUUCCACUAACGGAGGGUGACAACAGAUUUCCAAGAUACGAUGAACACCUUGAUGGUUUAACUUAUUUGGCCCCACAAAGUGUAGAAGAUAACAGCGUGCAUCAGGAAGACGGUACGGAAUGGAAAUGGGCUAAUUACACGGAACAAAUCAUUCCUUUUUCGACAAAUUUUUCUGAAGAGGACGAUUUAUCGCCAGAAGAACAAAAACAAAACAACAAAACCACACCCAGAAUUUUAAAAGGUAACUCUCCGAAAAAUGUGCAAACGAAUGCAAACAGGACGUUAACGAAAUCAUCUCCAUCGAACGAAACCGUAACAACUCCUGCCUCUUCGAACACAAGCAAUAUCAACCCGAUCGCUAAUAAUCCUACAACUCUUAACGAAACUAGGAUUCCGAGGCAAGAUUCGGAAGAGAAAAACGACUCGAACGAACAAAACGGUUCAAAAAAUGAAAACGAUUCGAGGGAAAACGCUUCACAAGAAGAAAGCAGCGAAGAAGAAGAAGGAAACAUGGUCACUGGGCUAAUAUCAUCCUUUCUGAGCGGACUUAGUACGCCUGAAGGGGGCAUUGAUGUAGAAGCAAUCAUCGGUCUACUUGGAAGCUUGAGCACGCAAAAUCCAGAUGGCACUUAUGAAUUUUCUGGCCUAACGGAACUACUCAGAAGCUUUUUCGGGGGUGAAGGAGGCUCAGAUGUUGGGGCCUUCACUGGUGGAAUUCUAGGAGCUGUAAUAAGAGGAUUUGCUAACCCACCGGGUGGCAAAGGUGCCGGGAUUUUCACAGGAAAGGUAGUGGCCGGUCUCUUACCAGCCUUGAGUGGACCGGCCACCACGGAAGGGGAGACAUCUACGAAGUAUCCACCUAAAUUGGACUCGGGAUCAUUUUUGACAGGUUUCUUGAAAACUUUACUUAAUAGCGGAGGAAACUCCACUCAGAAUGGAUAUGGAGGAAGGAACUCAAAAUACAAUUUGGUGAAAGGAUUAUUUUCCCUCGUUACGGGAGUCUUCACGGCAGCAUCCUCCCUGUCUUCGAAGUCAGACUGGAACUAAAAAUAUUAUUGAA